UUGCCCGGGCUCUUCAAAAAUAACAGUAGCUUUUGUUGCACUUUUAAUUUCUGUUCUUAUACCUACUAAAAUAUUAAAUUAAAAAUUCAUUAUAAUCGUUAUUAAUUAGCAUUUUCUUGCUAAGAUGGAGAAGCCUGAUGCAAAUGGGUUUGUCAAUGUGGUUUGGCCCAGUAAAACUAUCCCACAUGGAGGUGUUUUCCAUACUCGUGUUGUGGAACCCUCAACUAAUCAACAACAGUUCCUUAAAGUGCUUUUAGAGGAAUCUAAGCUUGACAUUGCUCUGCGACGAAAAUCUGCUCUAGCGUUGCGUCAAGCUCAAGAAGAAGAGAAGCGUCAAAGAUCUAGAUAUCAAAUGCAGGUGCCUCUGGUGCGCCCGCGCACUUCAAAAAGGCGAUCGCUUUCGGCCAUCAGGGAAUCUGGUAUUUUUGAAAUGGAUCCCUAUUGUCCAUUGAAGCGAGGGGAAGACCGGGAGAAGCUAAAGGAACGUUUGGCCCGCACUAUGGAAUAUGGUGAAGCACCAGAACAGACUGAAGCGUUACCUCCCCGGGCGCUGCUGAAGGAACCGCCCAAACUGCCCUCCAAUAAAGAGAUGUGGAAUGAUAUCGUCACCCAAAUACGCGAGCGCGCUGAAUGGCUGGCGGAGAUGGAGUACCUUGGGCAGGCUGGCCCUCACAGAGACAUCAUCAAGGAUCAGAUCGCAGAGAGGAUGCGUGCUCUGGAUGCUCUCGGCGUGGAGAGCACGUGUGUCUCAGCGCGGUCGUCCGCCUCUGGGUUCAGCACCACACGUAGCAAGGAACCAAAGACCGUGAGGAGUCAAGAGAGCGCUAAAUCAGGUCAAUCUAACCGGUCGAAGGAUUCAAAGAAACAGACAACGAGGUCAUCUCCAAAAGGCGUGAAACCAAAAGAAGAGAAUGUUUCUUCUUAUAAUAGCGUUAUGUCCCCUUUGCAAUAUUCCCCGCGAAGACGUCAAUAGUUAGAUACAUUUUUAAUUGGGUUUGUUCACUUGAACCUUUUUUCUUCAUUAUAUUAAAAUAUUCAAAAUGAAAAUAUUCAAAUACAUGUGAUGAAUUUUA